AUGGAGAAAAUUUGUACCAAUCUUGUGACAGGUGGACAGGGAAAUCCUGAGUGGAAUAGAGGAAAUUCUAGAUCUGUGGUUCAAAAACAAGCAGUCAUAUUGGAAGUUGAUGCGAUGACAACUUUGACAACACAGAUUGUAGCAUUGAAAAAUAUGAUGACAAUGCAUUUCAACACUUUAGCAAAAGGACAGCAGCAAGCUUCGGUGUACAUGGUUCAGCAACAACACAUAUGGGGUUUACCAGGUAACACUGACCCAAAUCCCAAACAAGUGAAUGUCGUGAGUACUCAUAGUGGUCUCUCCUUCGCUGAAUUGGCUCCAAAAGUUAAACCGUUAGAGGUGAAAAGUAAAGAACAAGUUGGGAAAGAAGGUGAAUCCAGCAGACCAAAGGCAGUGGAGGAACCAAAAAUAAAACCUUCUCCUCCUUUCCCACAAAAGUUUAAGAAGAAAAAGGAAGAGAAGUGCUUUGCGAAGUUUAUAGACUUUCUAAAACAAGUACAAAUUAAUUUACCUUUGAUUGACAUUUUGCAAGGAAUACCUAAGUAUGCAAAGUAUGUCAAGGACAUUGUGUCCAACAAGAGAAAGUGGGAUAAGUAUAAAACAGUGGCACUCACUGAGGAGUGCAAUUCCAGAAUCUUGUAUAAAGUUAAGCUUCCAACCAAGCAGAAAGAUUUGGAGAGUUUCAUGGUACAUGUUACUAUUGGCAAGUGUGUGAAUGCAAGAGGACUUUCUAAAUUAGAUGGAGUCAUUGAGUAUGUCUUAGUCCAGGUGGGAUCUUUCAUUUUCCUUGUGGACUUUGUCAUCCUAGACUUUUAUCUAGACCCAAAGGUUUCCUUCAUUUUAGGACGUCCAUUCUUAGCAACUAGAGGGGAUUUGAUAGAUGUAGCGGACAAACAACUCACAAUAAGAGCUCAUGAUAAGGUGGAAGUAUUUGAUGUGGACAACACAUUGACAUUGCCUGCCAUACAUGAAGAGUUAUCUGCGAUACCAGUCCAAGAAGCUCUAGAGGUGCUUAGAAGAAGAAAAAAAGCUAUGGGCUGGCAGAUGGCUGAUCUACAUGGGAUUAUCCCAGCCUUGUGCAUGUAUAGGAUCUUCAUGGAGGAAGGUCAUAAACUAGUCACAAAACCUCAGCAUAGAUUGAAUCCAGUAAUGAAAUAUGUAGUGAGGAAAGAGGUUAUUAUAUGGCUAAAUGCAUGUAUCAUAAACCCCAUCUCAGAUAGCAAAUGGGUAAGUCAAGUGCAGUAUGUGCCUAAAAAGGGUGGAAUGACUGUGAUCACAAAUGAAAAGAAGAAGUUAAUCCCAACUAGAACAGUCAUUGGAUGGAUAAUUUGCAUGGAUUACCGCAAGUUGAACGAAGCUACAAGAAAAGAUCACUGCCUAGUUUCUUUUAUUGAUCAAAUGCUGGACAGAACGUAUGCCUUUAAGCGUAUGCCAUUUGGGCAAUGCAAUGCUCCAUCAACAUUUCAAAAGUAUAUGAUGGCAAUAUUUCAUGACAUGGUCGAAGACUCUAUGGAAAGACUUAUGAAUGACUUCUUCGUCUUCGGGAAAUCAUUUGAUUUGUGUUUGCAGAACUUAGACAAGGCCUUUGAGCUGUUGAAGAAGAAGCUCAUAAAGGCUCCAAUUUUAAUUUCUCCCAAUUGGGAGCUACCUUUUGAGCUUAUGUGUGAUGCUAUUGAUGUAUCAGUAGGAGCAGUCUUGGGGCAGCAAAAAAAGAAUAUCUUUCACUCUAUUUAUUAUGCAAGCAAGAUCCCUGAUUCAGCUCAAGCCAACUACACAGUCACCAAGAAGGAGAUGUUGGCACUAGUUUAUGCAUUCGACAAGUUUAGAUCCUAUCUGAUAGGUACUAAAGUAAUUGUUUACAUUGACCAUGCAGCUCUUAGGUACCUAUUCAACAAGAAAGAUACAAAUCCAAGGCUCAUAAGAUGGAUCUUUCUACUACAAGAGUUUAAUAUUCAGGUCAAGGAUCGCAAGGGAUGUGAAAAUUAA